GCGUUAUUUCGACUAUUCAAGAGAACAAAUGGUCAUUGUUUCGCAAACAAAGUUUGAGUGUGGAGAUUUUAGUAAAUGGAACAGCAUAAAUUGAUGUCUAUUCAACAAUUGGAAUACAAUCAGAAUGAUUCAACGGGUAAUUUAUUAUCAAAGAAAUACCACGAAAAUUAUAAUUCUCAUUACAAAUUCAAUGUUUCUAAUAACUUGGAAAAAGUGUACUCCGCUCCACAAAUGGAAUACAAUUCAAUCUCCGAUAAAUUUGAAAACAAUCCUCAAUCAACUUCGAUUGUUAACUACCAGCAAGACCAGAACGUUGAAAGUGCUCCAAUUUCGAAUGGAAAAAAUAGAAUCAAGAGACCAAUGAAUUCUUUUAUGGUCUGGUCGAGAGUCCAACGUAAAAAAAUGUCUUCGGAAAAUCCAAAAAUGCAUAAUUCUGAAAUUUCAAAAAGAUUGGGAAAUAAUUGGAAGAUGUUAUCCGAGGAAGACAAAAAACCUUUCGUCGAAGAGUCCAGAAGACUUCGAACUAUCCACAUGCGAGACUACCCGGACUAUAAAUACAGACCACGUAGAAAAAACAAAAAUCUGGCAAAAAAGGACCAUCAUUUUAUUCCUAUGGACAUGACACAUCAAGUUGUGUCACAUCCUAUAUCCAGUCAUAGCAUGAAUAUCAGUGAAAAUUAUUUCCCUGAAAAUGGCAACUUUACGAGACCCCCAUUGACUGAUUUGUACUCUCAACAAAAUCCAUUUAACUAUCAAGCAUAUUCCAACUUUGGAACUAGUUUCCAAAACGGACAAUUCCCUCACAAUCCAAACGCGUUUGUCCAAUAUCAGCAAAUGUCGAAUUUUAUUCCUCAAAUCAACCCUGAGAACGGAAUACAGCUGGCAUCCAGUUUUGACUACUAUCGAAAUUCCUUACAAAAUAAUCAAGAAACAACCGAUUAUUCAAUUUACCAAUCAAGAUAUGACCCACAACGUCGACAUAACUCUGGAAAAGUUUUUUUUAAUAAUAUUUCUGUAGUUUCAAAUGGAUCACACUCACCACUAAUGUGCUAUGCAAUACUAGGCUUAGCAAAACUAUUUUAUUUUAUACGAUUUUACUAA